AUGGCUUCAAACUCUCUUUUCCAAAUAGGUCGCGUCCUCACCGGACGUCGCUCAACAUACACUAUCCUCAAAGAACUACAUAGGGCGGCGACUGCUGACCAAAGCGCUGUCUAUCUUGCCAUAGAUUCCUUCGACGAGAAGUGCAUCGUCAAAAGCGUCCACGGCCACUGGCGCUUGCAGAAUGAGGCCAAAAUCCUUAAUCACUACCAGUCCAAGACACGACAUCUACGUCCCUUGCUGGAUGAGAUCCUUCCAGAGGAUCCUGCAGAUCCCCCAUCCAUCGUCCUCCGUCAUCUGGACAGCGAGCUCUUGACUGAGUCCAACAACAAGCGCCUGACCCGGCCUGAGAUUAAACAGGUCGCUCGGGGGGUGUUGGAGGCUUUGAGAGUGUUGCAUAAGGAUGGGAUGGUUCACACAGAUGUAAAACUCGACAACAUAUUUGUUAAUUACGGCGAGGACGGAAAGCGCUUCUCUGAAAUCCAGCUGGGUGAUUGCGGCGGUGUGGUCCACAAAGACUCCCACUUCGCCAGGGAAGGCCAUUUGAUUGGCGGUUCGACCUCUCGUAGCCCCGAAGCUUUGUUUCAGCUUCACUGGGGAACACCGACUGACGUCUGGUCAUUUGGUAAUGCCAUCCUUAGCCUAAUCCACGGCAGCAACUACCACCAAUUCGAUCCACGCAACGAAGGCAUUAUGCCCGACCACGAAGCCUACGAUUACACAGUUGUCAAGCGCAUGUACGACUCUUUUGGACCCUUCCCACCAAAGAUGAAGGAAAUUAUCGCGAGUGAGGAUGUCAAUGUGAUCCUUAAGUUCUUGAAUGAUCAGGGUCCGCCGAUGAAGCCUUUCGAGCGCUGGACAACAAGGCAGAUCCCCGCUGCUGAUAAUGCGUUUAUUAGGCGUGUGUUGAAGUUGGAUCCCAGAGAUAGGCCUAGUGUGGAGGAGAUUUUGGAGGAUGAGUGGUUUACGGAGGAGUCUGAGGAUACAAGGAAGCCUUGA